AUGUAUAACUCGUGGUUUGAAAUCAUUAGGUCCAUUUCGCCCUACAAUUGGGCAAUGCUGGGCAUCGCAAUGGCCCUGUUCCUUUCCAUCAUUGGCGCAGCAUGGGGAAUAUUCAUUUGCGGGACGAGCAUAGUGGGAGCCUCGGUGAAGUCCCCACGUAUCAUUUCGAAAAAUUUGAUUUCCAUUAUAUUUUGUGAAGCACUAGGAAUGUAUGGAGUCAUCACCGCAGUUUUUCUUCAAAUUAAGUUUAGCGGACUCAGCAAGGAAGUGCACGCCCCACUGGUGCUAACAACCAAGACGGAUGCACUGAUUAUGAAUACUAUCAGAGGGGGAUGGGCCCUGUUUGCGAGUGGUCUCACGGCGGGUCUCUCCAACCUCGUUUCUGGGUAA